AUGCCGUCGAUUCUUCCUUUCUUGAUGACCAUUGGUGGUGCCGCUGCCGCUACUGCUGGCGGCCAGCUCAACGGCUACUGGGGCCAAAACGGAUACAUUUACGACGGUUUAUCCGAUUACUGUGACACAGGUGUCAGAUACGUAUCUCUGUCUUUCAUCAGCCGAGCACCUGAGUACGAUGAGGCUACCGGAUACCCAGUCUGGUUGCUCAGUGGCUGCGCGACGAUGAAGCAGGACAUCUCGUACUGCCAGAAGCGCGGUGUCAAAGUACUCAUGAGCAUUGGCGGGGUCUGGAACAACGACGCCGACUACCGCGUAUCAACAGAGCAAAAUGGUCGCGAUUUCUCCGACUUUCUCUGGGGAGCCUUCGGUCCAUACAACACAUCGUGGACGGGCCCCCGUCCCUUGGACUUCAAUGGCACACAUAAUGCUGUUGAUGGCUUCGACUUUGACAUUGAGAUCAAAAUUGACGACAAGCCAUAUAUUGCGAUGGUAGACCGGUUUCGCGAAUUGGCUCCCAGCAUGUUCAUCUCGGCUGCACCUCAGUGUCCACUAGCACCACAGUAUUUUUACAUGCAGGAAUUGAUUCAAAAGGCUAAGCUUGACGCGUUGUUCGUUCAGUUCUACAACAACGAGGGUUGCGAUGCCGUCAUUGGCAACUCGAAGUGGGAUGACGAGUUCAACUUCAAUGCCUGGGGGGAUGUGCUUGCUGCUAGUGAUAAAAGCAAGGAUGCCAAGGUCUUCAUUGGCCUGCAGGCUGUCGAGGGUAGCUCGGGAUACAUCACCGCCAAGGAAAUGCAGAACCUUGUCUGCCAGUAUCAGGACAAGUCCUACUUUGGCGGUGUCUCUCUGUGGGAUAUGACCCUUGCAACUGGUAACAAAGUCAACGGAAAGUCGUACGUGGAAUCAGCAGUGGACGUUCUUCGCGAUGGCUGUAAAGACUCUCAACAGUCCACCAUCUCAGCCACUACCAGCACAGUACCAGCUCCAUAA